UGCCGCUAUGGCGGCGGCGCCCGGAUCAGGGCCGGCGAUUCGGCACUUCUGACUGAGGGGCCAGGCCAGGCGGAGUCGUCGGGGGCAGCGGAGCGGCGCACGGCAGAGCCAGCCCGGUCGCCGGGGACGCUGUCAUGUACGGCGCGAGCGGCGGCCGCGCCAAAACCGAGAGGAAAAGUGGCGCGAAGGAGGAGGCCGGGCCGGGCGGCGCCGGCGGCGGGGGGAGCCGAGUGGAGCUGCUGGUGUUCGGCUAUGCCUGCAAGCUGUUCCGGGACGACGAGCGGGCCCUGGCCCUGGAGCAGGGGCAGCACCUCAUCCCCUGGAUGGGGGACCGCAAGAUCCUCAUCGACAGAUACGAUGGGCGCGGUCACCUGCAUGACCUUUCUGAGUACGACGCCGAGUAUUCCACCUGGAACAGAGAUUACCAGCUCUCGGAAGAGGAGGCGCGAAUAGAGGCCCUGUGUGAUGAAGAGAGGUAUUUAGCCUUGCAUACGGACUUGCUUGAGGAGGAGGCAAGGCAAGAGGAAGAAUACAAGCGCCUGAGUGAAGCCCUCGCCGAGGACGGGAGCUAUAACGCGGUGGGGUUCGCGUACGGGAGCGACUACUACGACCCGUCCGAGCCGACCGAGGAGGAGGAGCCUUCCAAACAGAGAGAAAAAAGUGAGGCUGACCAUGUGGAGGAGAACGAGGAGCCCUUCAUUGCCCCCGUGGGACUGAACGUGCCGCCGGACGUGGAGCUGCCUCCCACAGCCAAAAUGCACGCCAUCAUCGAGCGCACGGCCCGCUUCGUGUGCCGGCAGGGGGCGCAGUUUGAAAUCAUGCUGAAAGCCAGGCAGGCCCGGAACUCGCAGUUCGACUUCCUGCGCUUCGACCACUACCUCAACCCCUACUACAAGUUCAUCCAGAAGGCCAUGAAGGAAGGGCGCUACCCGGUGCUGGCCGAGAGCAGAGGGGACGAGAAGCAGAAGUCGGGGGUCAGCUCGGACAACGAGGACGACGACGACGAGGGUGACGGCAGUUACCUGCACCCGUCGCUCUUCGCCUCCAAGAAGUGUGACCGCCUGGAGGAGCUGAUGAAGCCUCUGAAGGUGGUGGACCCGGGAUCACCCUGGACCAUGCUGGUCCGCAAAGCCCAGGCAGACAGUCCUGCCCCCACCCCUCCCUCGGCAGAAGGCGCAGCCGGGCAGCCCUCCCAGGUGGAGUACACCUCUGACUCGACGGUGGCCGCCAUGUACUACAGCUACUACAUGCUCCCGGACGGCACCUACUGCCUGGCCCCGCCCCCCCCGGGCGUGGACGUGGCCACGUACUACAGCACCCUGCCGGCCGCCGUGGCCGUGUCCAGCACUGCCGGAGUGACAGCCACCGCCCCGCCCCCGCCCGGGACCACGCCCCCGCCGCCCCCCACCACCGCGGAGACGAGCAGUGGGGUGGCCUCCACCACCAUCACCACAAGUGCGCUCGCUCCCGUGGCCGCCAUCAUCCCCCCGCCCCCCGACAUCCAGCCCGUGAUCGACAAGCUGGCCGAGUACGUGGCCAGGAACGGCCUCAAGUUUGAGACCAGCGUCCGUGCCAAGAACGACCAGAGGUUCGAGUUCCUCCAGCCGUGGCACCAGUACAACCCCUACUAUGAGUUCAAGAAGCAGUUCUUCCUGCAGAAAGAAGGGGGCGACAGCGCUCAGGCCGUGUCGGCACCAGAGGAGGCUCCUGCAGAGUCGGCCCCUGAAAAGCCCAGCGACCCGGGGGAGGAAGGUGUGGCUGAGGACGCGGUGGACACAGGAGGGAGAGGCGGCCCAGGGGGCAAGAAGGAGUCGGCGUCCGGGAAGGCUGCCCCGGAUGGGAAGCUGGUGAAAGCUUCGUUUGCUCCAAUCAGCUUUGCGAUCAAGGCCAAAGAGAACGAUCUGCUUCCCCUGGAAAAGAACCGGGUGAAGCUGGACGAUGACAGUGACGACGACGACGAGAGCAAAGAGGGACAGGAGAGCGCGGGCGCCGCUGCGAGCGCCGACCCCGUGGCGGCCCCGCCCUGCGUGGUGGUCGAGGAGAAGCGGCCUCAGCUCACCCAGGAGGAGCUGGAAGCCAAGCAAGCGAAGCAGAAGCUGGAGGACCGCCUGGCCGCCGCCGCCCGGGAGAAGCUGGCCCAGGCGUCCAAGGAGUCCAAGGAGAAGCAGCUGCAAGCGGAGCGGAAGCGGAAAGCCGCUCUGUUCCUGCAAACCCUGAAGCACCCCGCGCCAGAGGCCGAGCUCGGGAAGGCCGAGGACAGUCCUUUCACCGUGGAGGAAGCCAGCCCCGUGGCCUGCCCUCUCCUGAGUGGGGGCCGACCUCUGCCGCUUGUCGACAUGAAACCCCCAGAAGGGCCCUCGAGCAAAAGCAGAGACCCUCCCCGCGAAGAAGAGAGAGAGAAGAAGAAGAAGAAGCACAAAAAACGGUCUCGAACAAGGUCGCGCUCCCCCAGGUACCACUCGUCGUCCAAGUCCCGGUCUCGGUCCCACUCGAAGGCGAAGCACUCCCUCCCCAGUGCCUACCGCACCGCGCGGCGCUCCAGGUCCCGGUCCCGGUCCCCUCGGAGAAGAGCUCACUCUCCCGAGAGACGGAGGGAAGACAGAAGCGUGCCCACCGCCUACCGGGUGAGCAACAGCCCGGGCGUCAGCAGGAAGCGGACCCGGUCCAGGUAGGCAGCUGGGGGCCUGGGGAGGGCCUCGCUCUGAACAGGCUGCAGGUCCUGGGAAGCCGCUGCUUUGGCGAACGCUGGGCCCCUCGCAG